UUUUUUCACGUUAAUCAAGUAUCGAUUGUCAUUGCAUUUGUUAUCGAAAGCGAUAGUAGUAUCGAUAUUAAUCGAAGCUAGUUUACAAAAGCAUGUAAACAAGGAGAGGACAUUUAAAAACUUUGAGGAAAAUAAACUUUUUGUUAUUGUAAUAAAUAAAACAUUUAAUUGUUAAUCCGAGUUAACCUAAAUAUUGCUACUCUACAGUAACAAGAAGAUAUAAAAUUGAACUCAAUUGUUUAUAAGUAAUUACAACCAUGGCGUUAAAUAGAGAAAGGCGUUCAAAUGCCGGAAAUAAAAUGGCAAAAUUGUUAAAUGAGGAGGAGGAGGAUGAUUUCUAUAAAACAACUUACGGUGGAUUUGAUGAAGUUGAACAGGAUAAUGAUUACAUGGAAGAAGAUGAAGCAGAAGAUGAAGUAGAUUCAGACUUUAGCAUAGAUGAAAACGAUGAACCUAUUUCUGAUACGGAACAGGAAGGGCCCAAGAAAAAACGUAGACUGGUAACAAAAGCUUAUAAAGAACCUAAAGUUCAAUCCCAGUCAGUAUCAAAAGAAAAAAAAGUUAGGCAACCAAGACAAAAAAUAUUCAUUGAAAGUAUAGGUAACUAUACACAUAUAUCUGUUCAUAAUUAUUACAUAGUACAGCUGCAGAUAAAGCUUCAAUCAUUUUUAGAGAGGAAAUCAAUACGUCGUUCUACUGCUGCAAAGUCAGCUGCUACACAGAGAAGAUUACGAGAAAGGAAUGAAGACCAGAAAAGGAAAACAAGAACCAAGAGAUAUGACACAUGGAAACCGACUCAGGAAGAGUUAUUGGAGGAGGCAUUACAAACUGAACAGAUUAAUAUGAAAUCAUUAGAAAAGUAUCAGAAAUUAGAAAAUGAAAAGAAGAACACUAGGACAGUAAGGAAAGCACAAACAGGACCUAUGAUUAGGUAUCAGUCUUUAGCAAUGCCUGUUAUGGUGCUCUCUGAAAUAAAUGUUAACAAAGAAGAAGAUAAGAUUAAUAUUGAUGGGGAUGAUGAGAAAAUUACAAAUGAAAAUGCCGAAAACGAGGAUACGGAUGAAACAAUGCAAGACAGUGAUGUGAUCGUGAAAUCUGAAAAUGAUAUAAAGGAAGUUCCAAAAAAGGAUUCUUUACCUAGAAGUAAAUGUCGCUAUGAACAAACAAAAGGAUAUUACGAAAGAACGUUUAUAACUUUUGAGAAUGAACAGCUGUUUUCAGAAGCUUUCAAAAAACCUGUGCUUCAGAGACCACCCGUGAAAGCUUUAUGCGCCAUAACGAGGCUUCCGGCAAAAUAUCUGGAUCCCAUGACUCAGUUGCCGUAUAAAAAUAUUCAAACGUUCAGAUUAUUACGCGAGGCGUAUUAUCAACAAUUAGAAGCCAGGACGGAUAUUAAUGAUACAUCACAAAGUCCUGAGUUGUUAAGAUGGCUUGAAUGGAGACAGAAAAAUUGUGGUAGCGCUCAGAGAAGUACUGUACGUCUUGAACCAGCCUCUGCAGCAAUGCCUUCAUAGUUCCUCUUCUUAA